CGGCCUGCCUCCGGCCGUGGAGGCCGCAUGCGUGGAGUUUCCCGUCUGGGAAGCGUGGAAAACCAUACACGAAUAGUUAAGUGUUAUUAAAAUUGUGUUUUGUACGAGGCAAGAGCGUGUCCGUCCUUGUAUAACCGUUACUUUGGCAAACGCCGUAGGGCCGGUGUUGCAGAGCGCUCCCGGGGCCGGUCUGCGCCAGCGGGGCGAGAUGGAUUUAACGCAUCAGCUGGAGCUGUUCGCCGGCUGCAGCGUGACUCUCCUCCUCUUCAACCACGUGAAAAAUGCCGCUGCUCUAAGGAAAAAAGCCAUGGAAGGAUCCAUUGAAGGGGCAUUAAUAAACCCCGCAAUGAUUGUAGAUCCUUUUCAAAUUCUUGUGGCAGCCAACAAAGCAGUUCAUCUACACAAGACAGGUAAAAUGAAGACCAGAACCCUCUAUGCAGAAAUUAUUUUCAGCCUUUCACCAAACAACAAUAUUUCAGAUGCAUUUAAAAAGUUUGGCAUUUCAGACAGUGACACAGCAGUACUCAUUGUUCUGGUUUUGGACAGAGAAAAAAAUGUAAAUCUGGAAGAUAUAGCAUCUCAGGUAGAAGGCCAACAGGUUUCUCUAGAUGAACUCCCCCAACUAACAGACACUGCCAAAGUUAAAAAGAUGUACAAAGUAACUCCACAAGAAGAAAAAAUUGGCACCUUAUUGGAUAGUAUUGUUUGCAGAAUGUCAACAAAAGAUGUUUUAUAAAAAUAUGGAAAUAAAUAUUUUUUAAAGGCAAAAGAGGGCUUUUUAAGAUGUAAAAACAUUUCGUUGCAAUUCAUCCUGCAUUUCAGAGAAAGUGGUGUAGUACUGAGUAGUUUGAUGACAUCUGAGCUUUAACCAUAAAAGAACAAGCCUGGAUAUGGGGGUAAUAUGAGCUGUGUUCUAAGCACAGAGAGUAAUUCUGCUGUUCAAAGCAGAAUUUGCCAUUGGCAUUUCUGUCCGUUUUCUUAACAA